GCUGGCCGGGCCCGGGCGCCCCCUGGCGGCGGCGGCGCGGUGCGCGGGGCGGGGCCGCUGUCCCGGUGCGGCGGGCUCGGGCUCGGGCUCGCCUUUGUGAGGAGCGGCGCGGAGACACAACGAGCGGCGGCGGCGGGUCGGGCCGGACAGGGCGGCGUCAUGUCGUACCAGGGCAAGAAAAACAUCCCGCGCAUCACGGGCUUUUAGCUGCUCCUCUGGGAUUCAAUGGCAGCUCUCUCCUCUAAGGUAGCUCUCUCCUCUGACUUCUACAGCUUGAGGAUGACCCUCCAUGACUCACUGGCCCUGUUCUGCAGCAUCAUAUUCCGGCUGAAGUGGCAGAAAUGGCCAUGGAAUUCUGCCUAAAUGACCAGGGAACUCAGGGGAGGCAAUGAAGUGAAGUUGAUUGGUGGAUAGUCUCCUCUGUUUUAAUGGAGUGGCAGAAAUAAAAACUCAGCUCCAGUGUCUCCCCUAGAACAAAGCUGGUUCUGUUCUUUUCCACUGAUUGUGCCCCUCAGGCACUGUUAGCAUUGUUUAUUCCUUUCUAGAUUUCUGCCCUAGAAUCUUCUUGCAUGUCAGUACAUAUAGCAGCUGAUGGGGAUGGCAGAUUGUCACCUAAGCUGUAUUUAUUAGUAGAGGGAGUUUUGAGAGUGUGUUGUCCCAUUACAUUUAAAGCAUCUAAAGCAUUGUAUUCAUAGCAGUGGAGGUCUGGAGCAUGAGAGUAUACAGAGAAUAACAGAAGCCACUUCCCCUGGCAGAGUGAUCGUCUCCUUAUUAAAGGAGGGCGGAUAGUCAAUGAUGACCAGUCAUUCUAUGCUGACAUUUACAUGGAGGAUGGCCUCAUAAAGCAGAUCGGAGACAACCUGAUUGUUCCUGGAGGGGUCAAAACCAUAGAAGCCAAUGGGAAGAUGGUGAUCCCCGGAGGAAUUGACGUCCACACUCGCCUGCAGAUGCCAUACAAGGGAAUGACCGCUGUGGAUGAUUUCUUCCAAGGAACAAAAGCAGCUCUGGCUGGUGGAACCACCAUGAUUAUGGAGCACGUGGUGCCAGAGCCGGAGUCCAGCCUGGCCGAGGCGCUGGAGCGGUGGCGGGAGUGGGCCGAUGGCAAGGCCUGCUGCGACUAUGCACUGCAUGUGGACAUCCCACGCUGGAGUGACCACGUCAGGCAGGAGCUGCACACCAUGGUCCAGGAGAAAGGCAUUAACUCCUUCAUGGUGUACAUGGCCUACAAGGAUUUGUACCAGAUGUCCAACACUGAGCUCUAUGAGAUAUUCAGCUGCCUGGCAGAGUUGGGUGCCAUAGCUCAAGUUCAUGCAGAAAAUGGGGAUAUAAUUGCACAGGAACAAGCCAGGAUGUUGGAGAUGGGAAUAACAGGCCCUGAAGGCCACGUGCUGAGCAGACCUGAGGAGCUGGAAGCAGAAGCUGUCUUCCGGGCCAUCACUAUUGCCAGCCAGACCAACUGUCCUCUCUACGUGACUAAAGUGAUGAGCAAAAGUGCUGCUGACCUCAUCUCACAAGCCAGAAAAAAAGGCAUUGUGGUGUUUGGUGAGCCCAUCACAGCUAGUCUGGGGACUGAUGGAACACACUACUGGAGCAAGAACUGGGCGAAGGCUGCGGCAUUUGUGAUCUCUCCACCACUGAGCCCAGACCCAACCACUCCUGACUACAUUAACUCCCUCCUGGCCAGCGGUGAUCUGCAGGUGUCGGGAAGUGCUCACUGUACCUUCAGCACCGCACAGAAAGCCAUUGGAAAAGACAACUUCACGGCAAUCCCAGAAGGAACCAAUGGCAUAGAGGAACGAAUGUCUGUCAUCUGGGACAAGGCAGUGGCCACUGGGAAGAUGGAUGAAAAUCAGUUUGUGGCUGUGACGAGCACUAACGCUGCCAAAAUCUUCAACCUGUAUCCACGAAAAGGGAGAAUAGCGGUGGGCUCGGACAGUGAUCUGGUUAUAUGGGAUCCUGAUGCAGUAAAGAUCAUCACAGCAAAAACCCAUCAAUCUGUGGCUGAAUACAACAUCUUUGAGGGGAUGGAGCUCCGUGGGGCCCCUCUGGUUGUCAUAUGCCAGGGGAAGAUCAUGCUGGAGGAUGGCAACCUGCAUGUGACCCAGGGGACUGGACGAUUUCUGCCCAGCAGCCCUUUCCCUGACUACGUCUACAAGCGCAUCAAAGCCAGGAGGAAGAUGGCAGAGAUGCACGCUGUGCCCCGGGGCUUGUAUGAUGGACCUGUGUUUGACCUGACCACCACCCCCAAGGGGGGAACCCCUGCGGGGUCAACCAGGGGGUCCCCCACACGUCAGACACCGCCCGUCAGGAAUCUCCAUCAGUCUGGAUUCAGCCUGUCAGGUACCCAGGUUGAUGAAGGCACACGCUCAGCAAGCAAGCGCAUUGUUGCACCGCCGGGAGGCCGCUCCAACAUCACCUCUCUGAGCUAAAUGUCCCAGCUGAGGAGGAAACAAAAUCCCUGUUUAAGCAAAGGAAGAAAAAUGGUACAUUGGUGUUUAGGAAUGAAAAGAAAUAAACCUGUUCUGAAGAAUCAAUAAGCCUCAAGCCUUAUGUUUCACAAAUGCUACUUGCUACCUAGCUUUAAAGAUGUUGCUUCAUUUUGUUUUUGCAUAGCCUUAAAAGUUCUGUUGUUGUUACUGUUGUGGGUUUGGUUGGGUUGUGUUUUGCUCUUCCUCUCUGUAUGCAUGCUGCUCAGACAGGUUGCUCGGUUCAGUGUUGUUGGUGUUGAACGUGUGUGGGAUGCCGUGGUGUGGGACAGUGGCAAUGGCCCACAGGGACCCGGCCAGGCAGGUGAGGGGCAGGGUCUGGCCGGAGGCAGGAUGUUGGAUGGGGAGGGCAGGUGCACUGAGCUCAUAGGGACAGGUGUGUCUGUCACAUUCAUCUCCUUCAUCUCCACCCAAUGCUCUGGCAUUUCAUCACAAGGCCUGUGGGGGAGCUCGAAUCAUCUCUGUAACAGCUGUCACAGCACCUUCUGUAAGGAGUUUUACUACUUUGUACACUUUAUUAAAAAAAAUUUGUUCCUUCAAACAA